AUAUAUAUAUAUGUACAUAAAAUUAAAUAAAAACAAAAAAUACACAAUCAUGUCAUAAUCAGUGAACAGCUACGAAUAUUAAAUAUUAUUUAUAAGAUUCGUAUGAAAAAUAUAUAGAGGGGAAAAACCUACUGACAUCAAGGUUAUAUUGUGACAUACUAAUAAGAUAAGAAAUAUUCAUGUUCGCGGUGAGUACACGAACACUUAAAAUAGCUGAUCAAAGCUCUUGUUAUUUCUUAAUUUUUUUUAUAGUUGUUUUUAGUGUCUAUAAAUAUUGUUAUACUUAUAAAUAUCAUAUUUGAAUAUUUAUUUAAUUGUGUGAUCAUUUUUUAAUAACGCACAAUGCCUGAAGUUUAUACAGCUUUUGAAAACGAAGACUUUUUCUCUUAUGAAUUACAAGCAAUGAACGAUCAAGGUAUUUACAGUCCACGCAGUGGAUCUCAAGGGACAGCAAGUGUUAGUUCACCUGUGUCUGUUACAUCAUUACAGGAUAAUGAAUUAAAUGACAUAACAGUUAUUGGACAUCCAUAUAUAACAGUCUUGGAACAACCUACAGAAAAAUUUAGAUUUCGGUACAAAUCUGAAAUGGUAGGAACACAUGGAAGCUUAGUAGGAACAAAUCGUAAGAAUGUACCGACAGUACAAUUACAUAAUUUUCUGGACUCUGCAGUAAUACGAUGUACAGUAGUUACAUCUGAUGAAGAACUUCCCAGAAUUCCUCAUGCUCAUAAAUUAAUCCGUAGAGAUGGUGGUCAAGAUUAUGAUGAUCCACAUUAUAUUACAGUGUCUUCUGAAACUGGAUAUAUUGCAAUAUUUCAUGGAAUGGCAAUUAUACACACUGCAAAAAGGUAUAUUAAAGAUGAGCUUAUAAAAAAGAUGAGACUAGAAGCUUUAGAGAAAAAAAAAAAUACAAAUAUAGAGGCAGUUCUUAAUGCUAGAGAAGAAGCACAAAUUAAAAUUGAUGCUGAACACUAUCAAAAAUAUAUGAAUUUAAAUAGUGUUGCACUGUGUUUUCAAGCAUUUGUUACAAAUCGUAGUGGAGUAAUGAUACCAAUAACAGAACCUGUAUACUCACAUGCUAUUAAUAAUCUUAAAAGUGCAUUAACUGGCGAGCUUAAAAUAUGCAGAAUGGAUAAAUUCACUAGUAGUGUUGAAGGAGGAGAAGAAAUAUUUAUAUUUGUAGAGAAAGUAGGAAAAAAAAAUAUUAAGAUAAAAUUUUUUGAAUUAAAUGAUAAUGGUUCUGAAAUUUGGAGUGCAUAUGGACGUUUUUCAGAAUUGGAUGUACAUCAUCAAUAUGCCAUUGUAUUCCGAACUCCAGCAUACAAAGAUCAAAAUAUUACUUUACCGAAAACCGUUUUUAUACAGUUAGAACGACCAUCUGAUGGAGAUUGCUCUGAUGCAAGAAAGUUUACUUAUAAACCAAGUGAUAAAAUUAUAGGUAGAAAACGUCAACGAAUAUCUCAUUCUGGGAGUUCGGAAUUAUCAUAUAUAUUACCAAAUACCAAUUCCAACGAGGAUAUAUCAGAACUCUUAAGUAAUAGUAACAGCCAAGAAAUAAAAAAAAUAUUAUCUGAAGGUACUACAACGCCAGUAUGCAAAGAUUUCCUCAAUGAUAUGGAUAUUGAUAUACCAAGAUGAUGUAAUGUUUGCCAAAAAUAUACUUACUGAAAUUAUGCAAUGUAUAAAAAUGGAUGCGAAAAAUAUGGAGGAAUAUAUUCAGAAAUUACUUAAAGAUCGAUCGACAUAUGGGGAUUCCCCAUUACAUUCAGCACUUCGAUAUGGUCAACGUAAUAUUGUCAAAUAUUUUUUAAUGUUAUUAUGUACUAAUAAGGAUUGUAAGACGCUGAUUAAUAGUCAAAAUAGUUCUGGAAAAACUCCACUGCAUUAUGCCGUUUUACAAAAUCAACCUGAAAUUACAAAAACAUUACUUAUGCUUGGAGCUGAUCCAAAUCGAACAGAUGAUCACGGAUUUUCUCCACUACAUGUAGCAGUAAAAAUACCUGAUGCUGGUGCAUGUGUUGACGUAUUAUUAGCUGAAAAAGAAAUAGAUAUUGAAGCAUAUAAUGAUGCUGGAUGGACGGCAUUGCAUCUUGCAACCAAAGCAGGAUCCUAUGAUGCAGUAUGUUCACUUGUCCAUGCUGGUGCAAAUAUAAAUAAUACUGAUAUGUCUUAUGGUCGAACAGCAUUGCAUAUAGCUGUUGAAGGUGGACAUAAGAAGAUAGUUGAAUAUUUACUUAAAAAGACAAAUAUAUCCGUAAAUAAAAGAAAUUUUAGUGGAAACACUGCUUUACAUACUGCAGUUGUACAUACAGGGACACGAGCGAAAGAGCUAUGUGCAUUAUUAAUACAACAUGGUGCAGAUCCACAUAUUCAAAAUCAUAAUCGGGAGUCAAAUGAUGUGAAUAAAAAGAAGGAAUUACAUAUCAAUGUAAAAGUCGAAGUGCAGUCAGAAGAUGAAAAUAUAGAAGGAAUGAUUGGACAGUCAUCAUUUGAUUUAGCUAUGAAUAAACCAGACAUUUUACAAGUUUUUAAUGAUCAAUCUGAGAAAACCACAAAUAAAAUGUGUUCAGUUACUACAAAAUUAGAAUUAAAAAAUGAAGAUUUACAAACAAAUUGGUUAAACAAUGAGCACAAAGAAAAAUUAUCUACCUUUUUAGAUAAAACACAAGGAUGGCAAAAACUUGCAAAACAUUUAAAUAUUGAGUACUUAUUACAAACAUUUCAACAUAAUUCAAUAAGUCCUUCAUUGGGCCUUCUAAAUUACAUCGAUGUGGAGGCAACCCUAUCUCUUAUGGAUAUGCAAACAGUAUUGAGAGAAAUUGGAGAGGAAGAAGCAGCAGAUUACAUAAAUGAAAUUUCAUCUAUUUGUUCAUAAAAUAUAUUUAUUUCUAAAUACAUUUUUCAAUAUUCUAAAUUAGAACUAGUACCUUUACCUGGAUACUCACGAGAUAUCCAGGGUAGAGUAAAAAUUACUCGGAUGAAAUAUCCGGAUGUCUUACAGGUAAUUCAGAUACCUAGUAUAAGUACCUUAUACUAAGUAACAGUUUUAUUUUAAAUAGAUUUUGAAUAUAUUUCAUCAAAAAUUGCGUUGGUAUAUAUGUACUUGAUAAAUUUUAAAAUUUUCGAUUUUUCAAACACAAAGUAUCUUACAAAAAGUUUUUAUUCUACACAUAAGGAAUCAUGUACCUUUUACAUAUUAUUCGUAUAUUUUACAUAAUAUUUUGUAUAUAAUUUGUGAUAAUGCAUUAUAAUGAUUUGUACAUAUAAUAUUAAAAUCAUAUAAAAUAUGUAAAUAUAUUUUUUAAUUUAAUGAUAUAUAAUUA